UUAGAAUUGAAAUAAAGGUUUACAGUCAAUCACGUCUUAUAAAAUGUUUCACCACCGUGGCUCGGUAAUAAGAAUUCCGAUCUCCAAUUUGUGUUACGUACUGGCAAUUUGUGGAACGAUCUAUGUAUUCCUUCAAAUUUACUUGGACCUCAUUCAAAGAGAGUCUGCCGGAUAUUCUGUUCAUCUCCGCAUUAACCGAAAAGAAGUGGUAGCUGUGAUGGUUUUGUGUGAAGGGACUCCUGAUAAUUCGACGAGCUUCCUCAUGGACAUCAGUCGGCAGUUUUUUCAAGCCCACGUAGCCAUGAAAUCAUUCAUUUAUUUAUCAAACCAACCAGUGAAAUUCAUAAUUGUGAGCGAUUCCCAAACUGUAUUCAAGAAGAUCGAAGCUUUCAGUGAGGCGUGGCCAUAUGAACAGAAAUCGAAGUUAACCCUCCAGUUUGUUAGCGACUUCUAUCCAGACGAAUUUAAGGAAUUGAAGAAGCUGUUCCGCCCCUGUGCUACUCAAAAACUUUUUGCCGACCAAAUCUUGCCGGAAGAAGACGCGGUAAUUUACAUAGACACUGACGUGAUCUUCAUGCGGUCACCCGUGCAGCUUUGGGACGAGUUUAAACGCUUCGAUGAUAAACAAAUGAUGGCCGCAGCUACACCCACGUGGAUGUCUGUAAAGAGGAAGGAUGAUGCACCACAAGUAUUACUCUAA